AUGGAUAUGUACUCAAAAAGUGGGAGGCUUGGCUUGGCUAUAAGAAUAUUUGAUGAGAUCUUGGAUAAGGAUGUAUUUUCAUGGACAACAAUGAUAUCAGGGUACGCAUAUCAUGGGAAAGGACAACAUGUUUUGGAGGCAUACUCUCGAAUGUUAGAAUCAAAGGUAACUCCAAAUGAGGCUACCCCUUUGUCACUUUUGACAGCUUGGUUUCUUGAAGAAGCAAAAGAGAUGAUUGAACUGAUGCCUAUGGAACCUGAUACUGCAAUUUGGAGGUCCUUCCUCACAGCUUGCUUAGUCCAUGGGAACUUGAACUUGACUGUAAUAGCAGCAAGGAAGGUGAUUGAGUUAGAACCAAGUGAUGAUGGUCUUUAUAUGCUUCUGUGGAAUGCUUAUUAUGCUGCAAACAUGUGGAAAGAGGCAUUAGAAGUAAGGAAGCUGAUGAGAACUAGUAAGGUUAGAAGAAAGCCUGGUUGUAGUUGGGUUGAAGGGAAUGGUAUCGUUCAAGAGUUUCAUGCCGGUGAUACAUUGCUUCAUUAUAGCUAUGAGCUUUGCUUAUUGCUAGAAGAACUGAAGGAGCUCUCAAAGACCGAGUUAUUUUGA